AUUUAUAAAGGGGCACAAAAGUAAGGUUAAUACAAACAUUCAGAUAAUUCACGUCGUCAAUACUCAAUCUAAAGCGCGGGUAUAGUACUAAUCAUCAUUAAGAAGUAAGCUCUACUGUUGUCUAGGGGUUAAUAUAUUGUCCGUUGGAAAUAUAAAAGUCACUCAGAAGUCUGCAGACUUUAGCCUUUCGGGGAAAUCGCUGGGUUUCACAUGUUUUAGAGGGAUCGGUGAAAAACGGAAAAAACUUGCCCGGGUCUUUAUGAAGCCACUCCAUUAAAUCAGGGGAGCAUUGUUUCCCCGUCGUUAGUUCGAAGUCCUUCUCGGUAUUAUCAGCCACCCGCUCCCCAGGCAAAGGAGUUAGGAGUGCACGUGGCGUUGAAUGGCUUCCAGCUAUUACGGGAGCACUGAGCGAGGGUGUCCUUCUGGUGCGUCGCUGGGGUACCACCACCUGCAGUCCCCUUUUAUCUUGACUUGCAGAGUUGUAGAUGUCCAUCAAAGUAGGGUGAUGCAAUUCCCACCCCCACAUUGCCCAAGGGUGUCCAUAUCCAUGGUAGCUGUCACGUAGCAGAGACAUGCACGUCACACAGAUGCCUCUAAGAACAAUGGCCAAAACCUUUGCAUUGUCUCUCACUUCCUGGGUCCGAGACCCGAAUUAAUAGCGAUCUUGCAAUUCUCUGGAAGGAGGGGGCUGCUCCCGCCCCUUUGGCCCCUCAGAGCUGUGGUAUAUUCAUAACAGACACAUCUUUCCAAACGUGCAUAAAUUCUGUCCCUUACUAUUCUUUUAAUAGCUUCCAAGUUACUGAUGUGAAGCUCACUGGCCUAUAAUUACUGCACCGGGGUGACCAUCGAAUGCUAUUCAUUAUUGUUAAACAGUGUACUCAGGCAUUCAUCCGGCUAAUGCUAGAAUAGUUGUCUGUGCCUUUAAGUGGAGAUGGUGACGUCAUUACACACGCACGGGAUAGUGGGGAGACCAUUUUGUUUUCUGCUGCAGGAGCUGGUGGGGCUUUGGAAUUGAGUCCUCCCAGGAUGCUAGGCAUGGUGAGGAAAGAAGGUGUGGAUCUUAUCUUGCGGCUUGUCUCCAGUUACCCAUUCAAGGGACCAUCAGUUGAUGAGCGAGCCCAGCUAGUAUAGUUCCAUUGAGCUGGAAUCAAGACAAGGGCACAGCUCAGUUUCAAUUCAAUUACUCCUGGAUUUUAUCACUCCACAACACACUUCGGGCAAUUAACGUACUCUUUAACAUCUGAGAGGAAAGUGGAGCACUGGGAGGAAGCACGUGCAGAUACCGGAACAAAAAUGUGCAAACUCCACUCAAAAGGGGCACCUGCGGUGAGGAUUGAACCUGGUUCAUUGGAGCUGAGAGGCAGCCAUACAACUAUGCUAUCCCAUCUGCAUAAAUGCCAAGUCAUGGAUUGUUAUGUCCUUUAUUGUUCUUGAUUAUUUUCAUCCAUUAGUUGUAAACAGAUUAGAGGUGAAGGAGGUUGGCAGGUUCUGCCAAUUGGUUUGGAAAUAUGGCCAACCAUCUCUUUCUUCUCCAGCAUCAGGUAUGACAUUUGAAAGAAAUAAAGGAAGCUUCUGCUUAAUAUCUUACUAGAAAAAAGUAAUUUCCAUCAAUGUAGUGCUUCCUUGGUGCUGAAUUUGCUGAUUGGCAGAAAGCGGAGUAUAUUUACAAGGGGUAAUUGAUAAGUUCGUGGCCUAAGGUAGAAGGAGUCAAUUUUAGAAAACCUAGCACAUUCAUUUUUCAACAUAGUCCCCUCCUACAUUUACACACUUAGUCCAGCGGUCGUGGAGUAUACAGAUCUUGGACCUCCAGAAGGUGUCCACAGCAGGGGUGAUUGAUAAGUUUGUGGCCUACGGUAGAAGGAGAUGAGUUAUACAGCUCUCCUUACAUGCACAUGCAGUUCAACUCCUUAAGUGAUUAUGCAGAAAGUUUGAAGUUAAUAAUUCAUCAGUCAAUAACUCAUCAGGAGUUAUUAAUAAUUUCUUGGCCUAUGGUAAAAGGAGAUGAGUUAUUCAGACUUUCUGCGGGAUGAAUGUAUCAAUUGCCCCUCGUAGAAGAGAGGCGAAGAUUUGCAAUUCCCUUCCAAUAGGCUAAACUCCAAAUGAACACUCAUUUUUGAAACCAAUGGGAAAUCGUUCAUCUUAUGACCCCAGCACUCCAGAAUAUCAAAGUCAGCAAUCAAGCUGUAUUAUGCAAAUGACAUGUUUGUGCAGAUUCUGUGGACAGCUUCCUUUUCAGAGAGAACUUACUAAAUGAAGCAAACCAAAAAUGAAGGCAUUGCACUCAGCAGAAGAAACCUGCUCUUCUAACUCAAUAGCUUUCAGCAAGAUUCUGAAAAAUAUGGACCGCUUCCUAUUUUUCAGACACUGUCCAGCCAAGGCUGAUGUUGAUGAUAAAGGUCAUAAUCUCCGUUUCACUAACACAAUUUUUAACAAGCUAAGGAAAAGGAAUUUGACGUUUGAAGCAUCAGAGUCACACAAAACACAUGUAUUUAAUGGGUAUUGGUAUCCAGUAUGCUUUUGAAUAAUGGACUACCUGUAGCAGGCGCCUCAAAGCACUGACAAAGUAGCGCCAAUACAAAUUCCUCCAAGUUCUCUGGAGAAUAAGUAAAUCACUAUUAUCGUCCUCUCCUCGGCCAAGGUUCUCAGCAUCAAAAUUCUGAUUUGGCUCAGUCGUGCAAUUGGGCAGUUCAAUUUGUUUACACCCGCACAAGGACAUUCUAUUCCGAGCUCUCAGAGGAUCAUGCUACUCUGGAACUCUGUACUUCAGAAGAAAAGUUUUAGAAUAGUUAUUAAUGCAGAGACAGAUGCUUGUUAAACAAGCCAUUGAAAAAUAACCAUGAGCAGAUUGAAGUGUGAAGCUGAGGUUACAAUCAGAUCAGCAAUGAUCUUAUCGAGAGGCAGACUGGGCUAAGUGGGUCAAUUUGCAUAUUGUUUUUAAUUUAUAUGCUCAUAUCUAUAUUCAACUGAAAUCUGUCAUGGAAAAAUCCUGGGUGGACAGAAGAAAUUAUUUAGGGAUGUUCAUAAAGCCUCUUUGAAAAGUACAACAUCCUUGCUGACUCCUUGAACCCCUGGCAUGAAUACCUAAAGUGGAGAAGAAGAAUUCAGAACCCUAGCACAAGUGGUAGACGCAGUUCACCACCUCACAACUACUUAUCCACCAAACCCAUCAGCAACUUCUUCCCCAAUCUGCAGAAGAAUCUAUGGCAUCUAUAUUGGCCUUGUCGGUCAGCUCUGGAAAUGAAGAACUGGAAAUGAAACUGGUCAUCCUCAACCCCAAGGAUCUGUCCAGGAAGAGUAAAUAUACAGCACCCAAGAACACGUUCACCAUGUCCAUCAAGUCCUCCAGAGACUGUGGGAAAACCAAUUAUUUGUGAAGGUGGAGAAAUGUGAGUUCCACGUUCCUUCGGUCAGCUUCCUGGGUCAUAUCAUCGAGAGCGGGCAGGUGAGAGCAGACCCCGAGAAGAUCCGGGCACUGGAAGAAUGGCCUAGGCCCACGGCCCGCAAACAACUUCACCGAUUCCUGGGAUUUUCAAACUUCUACAGCUGAUUUAUCAGAGACUACAGUCGAGUGGUGGCCCCCCUUAGCCUACUACCCCUUUCUGUUGGGACUCUAAAGCUGACUCGGUGUUCACUGAUCUGAAGGGGCAUUUCACCACCGCUCCCCCCCGCUCCAUCUGGACCCAGCCCGUCAGUUCAUUGUCGAGGUGGACGCCUCUGACUCCGGGAUAAGAGUAGUCCUGUCCCAACGAUCAAGUUCGAACGAAAAGCUUCACCCCUGUGCCUUCUAUUCUUGCCGACUGUCCCCCGCCGAUUGGAAUUACGAUGUGGGGAAUCGGGAACUCCUGACGGUCAAACUAGCAUUGGAAGAAUGGAGGCACUGGCUGGAGGGGGCAGAACAACCGUUUGUGGUAUGGACUGAUCAUAAAAACCUGGGGUACAUUCAGACCGCCAAACGUUUGAACUCCUACCAGGCCCGUUGGGCGUAAUUUUUUGGACGGUUCAAGUUUUCCCUCACAUACCGUCCGGGGUCCAAGAACGGGAAGCCGGACGUGGUCUCCCGCCAAUACGACUCCAAGGAGGACACUUCCAGCCCAUGGACUAUCCUCCCACCAUCCUGCGUGGUUGCCCCCCUCACUUGGGAGAUCGAUUCCAAAGUAAAAGAAGCCCAACGGGAUGACCCCAACCCCGGCAAUGGACCCGGCGAUCGCCUGUAUGUGCCCGUUUCCAUCAGGUCCCAGGUUCUCCAAUGGGAGCACCCAUCUCGGUUUGCCUGCCGUCCCGGGAGUGAUCGGACCCUAGCGCUCCUGAAGAAACACUUUUGGUGGCCGUCCAUGGAGACGGAUACCCAUUCCUAUGUCUCGACAUGUUCUAUCUGUGCCCAGGGAAAAGCCUCUCAUUGGCCACCUACGGGUUUACUUCGUCCUCUACCUGUCCCUGGUCAUCCUUGCUUGCACAUCGCCCUGGACUUCGUCACCGGUCUACCCCCUUCACCGUACCCACUGUGGUAGACUGGUUCUCCAAGGCUUCAUAGCACUCUCUAAACUCCCUUCCUCUCAUGAAACUGUAGAUCUUCUCAUCUGCCACAUCUUCUGCCUCCACGGAGUCAUCACAGACAUCAUCUGUGAUCGAGGUCCCCAGUUGGUCUCACAGGUAUGGAAGGCUGUCUGUCAAGCCUUAGGUGCAUUGGUCAGCCUGUCACCUGGCUUCCACCCACAGAUGAACGGGCAGAUGGAAAGGGUCAGCCAAGACCUGGAGGCGAUGCUUCGUUGUGUAAUGGCAAACAACCCGUCGACCAAUUCAUUUCAACAGAUGCUGCUGAGUUCAUCCAGCCUUUGUACACAUUGAUUUAACCCAUCGGCCUGGAGCGACCACCUCCCAUGGGUUGAGUACGCCCACAACUCUCUGGGUGAGCUCUGCCAUUGGGAGGUCUCCAUUCCCUGGGGUACCAACCCCCCCCCCGUUCCCUGCACAAGAAGAGGUGAUUGCGGUACCAUCGGUUCAGGACCAUAUCGAUCAGUGCCUGAAGAUUUGGGAGGAGACACACACGGCCCUACUCAGAUCAGCAAAACCCAAUAAGAAGAUGGCCGACUGACACCAGAUUCCGGCGCCUGAGUACCAACCGGGGCAGAUGGUAUGGCUUUCCUCCAAGGAUAUCCCGCUCAAGAACGAGCAUAGGAAAUUCACCUCUCGCUUCCUGGGACCAUUCAAGCCUACUGAAAACUUCCUGGAGCUUAAUGAGUUUUCAACAACUUAAACCAAUGGCUUCACGAUCUUCAUAACCGCUUCCUUUAAAAUGCUUGGAUGUUUGAUCGGACUCUUUACAAGUCACAGAUAGAAGAUUAUAGGAAGGAGAGAAGAAUUUAGGUAUUGCCACGCUCUUGCAUUUACCAUCGGACAGGGAGUACAGAAAUCUGAAGUCGCAAGCCACCAGGGAUAAGAGCAUUUACUUCCCUUCAACCAUUUGGACCAACUUGCUCAACCCUAAUCACAGAAAUACCAUGACCACUUUGCAAUACAAUUGACUUCAGUUUCAUUCUAAUUGUGUUCUUUCUUGUAUAAUUUUACAUAAUUAAAGUCACAUGCCUGAAAUGCUGCUGCAAGAAACUUUUCAUUACAAUUGUGCAUCUAAGUACUUGUGCAUAUGACAAUAAUCUUUAUUUUGACUUUGAGUAAGGUUAUAGAGUCAAAAUACAGAAUUUUAUGUUGGAGCAGUGGGGAAAACUACAAUCUUUAAGUGGAGGUGUGAUGAGUAGAGCUUUGAUACAGGAUUGGGGAAAGUUGUUCUAGAUUGGUUGAAGAGUGAGUGUUGUGCUGGGAAAUGAAUAAUUUCAAAAUGGUGCAGUAUAGAGGUGAGCAUCACGUCAUACUGCAUGCCUCACUUCAAGAAAUUUAUUGGAGAGAAGAGUCGUAGAAAAAACACAAUUGGGGUGAAAUGCAGUGGUCAUUAAUGGGAUGUUGCUUGCACCAUUUAAACAUUUCCCAUUUGAUAAUGAGAAGGAAGUAAAAGCAUAUAUGUCAAUGAAAAUACUUUUAAUGUGUAAUUUUGAAACAAAUCAAACAUUGCUUUCUAACACAGAGGUCAGUGUACUUCUCGAUAGUGUCAGUGAUCAAACAUAAUCUUAUUGAUUGACAGAUAUGUCACUAUUAGCCAAGUGGCCAACUCUUGCUUUUAUUUCCUAUAUUUUCAACAAAUUUGCUUGUAUGUCUGUAUUUUAAAAAAUCAUACAAUUUCAGCAAGUUGCAGUGCUCUAUAGUCAAGCUCCCCCCAACUAAUGGGAAAGAUCUUGUUUUGUGACUAAAAAUCUAUGUGCAAAUUCUUUCUAUCAAAAUCUGAGUCUGGGAGAGCUUGACAGAGAUAGACAGACAGACAUACUUUAUUGAUCCCGAGGGGAAAUUGGGGUUCGUUACAGUCACACCAACCAAGAAUAGUGUAGAAAUAUAGUGAUAUAAAACCAUAAAUAAUUAAAUAAUAAUAAGUUAAUCAUGCCAAGUGGAAAUUAGUCCAGGACCAGCCUAUUGGCUCAGGGUGUCUGACACUCUGAGGGAGGAGUUGUAAAGUUUGAUGGCCACAGGCAGGAAUGACUUCCUAUGACACUCAGUGUUACAUCUCGGUGGAAUGAGUCUCUGGCUGAAUGUACUCCUGUGCCUAACCAGUACAUUAUGGAGUGGAUGGAAGACAUUGUCCAAGAUGGCAUGCAACUUGGACAGCAUCCUCUUUUCAGACAUCACCGUCAGAGAGUCCAGUUCCACCCACACAAUAUCACUGGCCUUACGAAAGAGAUUGUUGAUUCUGUUGGUGUCUGCUACCCUCAGCCUGCUGCCCCAGCACACAACAGCAAAUAUGAUAGCACUGGCCACCACAGACUCAUAGAACAUCCUCAGCAUCGUCCAGCAGAUGUUAAAGGACCUCAUUCUCCUCAGGAAAUAUAGAUGGCUCUGACCCUUCUUGUAGACAGCCUCAGUGUCCUUUGACCAGUCCAGUUUAUUGUCAAUCCAUAUCCCCAGGUAUUUGAAAUCCUCCACCAUGUCCACACUGACCCCUUGGAUAGAAACAGGGGUCACCGGUGCCUUAGUUGUCCUCAGGUCCACCACCAGCUCCUUAGUCUUUUUCACUUUAAGCUGCAGAUGAUUUUGCUCACACCACGUGACAAAGUUUCCCACCGUAGCCCUGUAUUCAGCCUCACCUCCCUUGCUGAUGCAUCCAACUAUGGCGGAGUCAUCGGAAAACUUCUGAAGAUGGCAAGACUCUGUGAAGUAGUUGAAGUCUGAGGUGUAGAUGGUGAAGAGAAAGGGAGACAGGACAGUCCCCUGUGGAGCCCCAGUGCUGCUGACCACUCUGUCUGAUACACAGUGUUGCAAGUGCACAUACUGUGGUCUGCCAGUCAGAUAUUUAAUACAAUAUUUAAUACAAUAAGUCUGUUAUAUGUAUUGUGGCUGAAAUACCAGAGAGCUAGAGCAUGGAAACAGGACUUUCACCUCAGUAAGUCCUAGCUGACCAGAAAGCAACAAUUUUCACAGUAACUCAUGUGAUUCUCUCACGUUCUCACCAACCCACUCCUCACCCCCUCCCAAAUGUCACCACUCACCUACACUCGGGGGUAAUUUAUAGUGGACAAUUAACUUUAUAGUGCCCAUCGAGCCACUCUAAAGUACUGUAAUAUUGGACAUCAUUUCACCUCUAACAUUGCAGAUGAGCUAAUACAAACGAAGUAUUAAAUGACUGAAACCUGAAUUCAAACGAUGCUCUUUUCCACUGUGGCUCCCUGAAGAAACCUGUAUUAAAGUCAACCAUGCAUGACAGAAAAAUCACUGGAUGGCGACUUUCAAUUAGUUUUAAUAACUAUGAAAGACCCUGCUGUCUCUUAUCAGUUCGUUUGGUUCGAUAGUUCACAGACUUUAAUACAAAUGCAAGUUUAGAAGGAAAGGAAAACAAUAAAUACUAGGCCAUACGGGAUCACUAACUAAAACUCUCAAAUAGCAAAUGAUGGCAAAACUGCGGCUGAAAGAAAUAAUGAAAUAUAGAAUGAAUACUGCUAGUCUUCAGCGUCAGUUGACUCGACAGUCCAAUUGAUCAGGCAAGGUUGAGUGCAAGCGCACAGUGGAACAGUGCUGUGCUUUGCUCAAGUCCCAACAUGCACUACAAUGAAAAGAAUGGAGUUGAAUACUGUUAUGUCCUCAGCCCCCUCCUUUGUGAGAAUCGCAAGAGCACUAGUUGAGGGGGGGUCAGUAGGCCCAGGAAUUGGGAAAGAGAGAGAUGUGCCAAAUACCGCGUUCCACCGGGAUGCAAAACAAGGUGACGUUGACUAUUGUCUCAUGGAGACCACGUGUAAAGCCCUCGGGCAAAGUGGGCUGGUUGAGAGAGAGAUUGCAUCAUCCCAACCUGAUUGACACCUGCGACCCUGUGAGGAAGUAUAAAGGAGGGUCUGGGGGGGGCAACCCCUUCAGACGCACCAAGAAGACACGAUAGCGAUCCCGUCGUAGCGGGAAGCCAUUUUGAAGGAAGCCACGUGCGUUAGAUUCCAGGCCUGGAGUCUGUAGCUGGAAUCACGGAAAACCGCUUUUAACUAACAUCGGGGGGAGCCCGCUCCCCUGAUUCAACGGAUUAGCUUCACAAAGACCCGAGCAAGUUUUCCUUUUCUCACCAAUCUCUCUCUCUCUUCAACACGUGACACCCAGCGAUUCCCAAAAGGCUGAAGCCUGCAGACUUCUGAGUGACUUUUAUAUUUCCAAUGGACAAUAUAUUAUCCCCUACAGUAGAGCUUAUUUCUUAAUGAUGAUUAUUACUAUACCCACGCUUUAGAUUGAGUAUUGAUGACGUAUAUUAUCUGAAUGUUUGUAUUAACCUUACUUUUGUGCCCCUUUAUAAAUAAAAACGGUUGAAAAUAGUGCCAUCAGACUUCAACGGACCUCUCUAUCUUUGCUGGUAAAUGAUCCAGUUACGGGAUACAUAACAAUACUGUCACAAUGAAAUAAUAAUUAGCUGAUACGUGCACAUUGACGAGCGCAGUUGCUGAAUCUGCUGCAUUGCCGAACCAGUGAUUGUGACGCCUCUGUAUUAGGGCGCUGAUUUAGCCACUUGACUCACUUUGUUUGUUCCAACUUUCCAGUUAUGAAAGGUUCCAAUCUUUUAGCUGGUGUUCACUUCCUCCCAUCUUUCGCUACAACAUCUUCAGAAGAGAAAGUAUAUUCGAGCUGCAUGGAAUCCAGUGUGAAAGACAAGUAUAAGAUUUAGAGCAUGAGAAAGAGAAUUUCAGAGGCAAAUAUAGCAUGAGCCAGUUAAAACUUUGUGUAGGGUUCUCAGAUUAUUUACUAUAAUGUUAACUGCAUAUAUAAAAUGGCUUUCUGUUUCUGAUAAAGUAAUGCUCUGUUUGGUUGAAAUGUUUGGGUUAUAAUUAUUGAUAACGGAGGAACAAACCAAUGUUGUUCUAUCUGUAUGUGUGGGAACUAGGAGUCUGUGGCGGUCUUUUCGGGAGGAGAACCGAAGAGGAAGGACGUGCUGAACUGGACACGCUCUAGUCGACCACCGAGGUUGGUCUCAGGCAGCAGGUUGAGGAGGUCGGAGAAGAUCAAAUGCAGACGGAAGACUUCGAUAAUUGAGCUCCAACGGUUGUGCACAAACUGAUUGAACUUUGAUAAGUUUUGGUGCCCUUUUCUUUCUUUUUAUAUUGUAUUGCUAUUAAUUACCUAGUUCUAGUAAGAGUUAUAAAGUGUAAUCUGUAAAGUGUACAUUGUGCGCUGUCUGAUAUUGUAUGUGUGAUUUUGUUCCUGUGUACAUUACACUGCGUCUGCGCAAAUGGGAGACACGAUUUGGGUGGGUGAACGGCUUUUCCCCUAGACCGGGGGUCGGCAACCUGUGGCUCCCGAGCCAUUUGUGGCUCUUUCACCUCUGUGCUGCGGCUCCCUGUGGCUUUGGGAAAUAACUGGUCAGUAUUUAAUUAAAAUGUAUUUUAUGUUAGUUUGUUAGCUUUUGAAAUGUAAUUCUAAAUUUGAAGAUUAUGGUGAUCUUGUACAAUCUAAGUGUGGCGACACAUUUCCUGGCACAUCCGAAAUGGCUCACAAUUAGCCAGCAUUCAGGCUAAGGGAGAUAGCCUACGGGGGUUUGUGAGUACGUGUCUUUUGCAGCAUCUGCGUCCAUGGGGGCUGGGUUGAGGGAGGCUUAAAAGCAAGGCUGUUUAGUUCGAAUAAAGUUAUUCGACUGCAGUUUACUGACUGCGUGAGCACACCGCUACAACGUGUUUUUAUCGCUAUUAAUAUACGUCACCACUGCCAAUACCUGACACCCGCCAGUGCGCGAUUUCUUUAAUUUUUCGAUCCAAGGUAAGCCAACUAUGGAGAAUUCUAAAAAAAGAAAAGUGACUGAAGAAAACAGAACGUUUAAUGAUACGUGGACAGAUUCAUUUGCUUUCACUGUUGACGAGACUGGUUUACCGGUAUGCUUAAUAUGCAAUGAGAAACUAGCAAACAACAAAAAGUCAAAUGUCGCAAGGCAUUUCCAGAAUAAACACACAGCCUUUGCUCAAAAAUAUCCGGAUGGAGAUGAGAGAAAAAAAGCCGUUUCGGAACUGAUGCGGAAGGUUGAUCUGAGCAAAAAUCAUUUCCAGAAAUGGAUGAAGUCUGGAAAAUCAACGACAUACGUCAGUUAUAUUGCCGCUCAGGAAAUAGUCAGGCACGGGAAGCAGUUUACAGAUGGUGAAUAUAUAAAAGAAUCUUUCAUUAAGAUUUCAGAACAUCUAUUCACGGACUUUAAAAACAAGAGUGAAAUUGUGCAGAAAAUCAGGGAUAUGCCCCUCUCUGCAAAGACUGUCAAAGACAGAACCAUAAAAAUGGCAGAAGACAUCACAAGACAGCAAAUUAAAGACAUCAAUUCAGCUGUGGCCUACUCGAUUGCCUGUGACGAGUCUAAAGACAAAGGUGAUAUUGAACAAAUAGCGUUGUUCUGCCGGUAUGUAAACUCUGCCGGGCCACAGGAAGAACUGAUUGAGUUGAUACCUCUAAAAGACCAAACACGGGGGGAGGACAUCUGUGAGGCUGUCUUGAAUUGUUUAAGAGCCAAAGGAAUAAAGACCACCCAUCUGGUGUCAGUAGCUACUGAUGGGGCACCGAAUAUGACGGGAACGCACAAGGGAUUUGUGGCUUUACUGCAGAAGUCGCUGGACAGAAAGCUGCUGACUUUUCACUGCAUCUUGCACCAAGAGGCACUGUGCGCUCAAACAUUUCCUCCGGAAUGCACAGAAGUAAUGGAUGUUGUCAUUCAGAUUGUCAAUAAAAUAAUGGCAAAAAGUUUAAAUCACCGUCAAUUCCGUUUGUUACUGGACGAGCUGGAAAGCGCAUAUUCUGAUCUCCUGCUGCACAACAAAAUCCGGUGGCUGUCCAAAGGGGAGGUGCUGAAGCGAUUUGUCGCGUGUCUGGAAGAAGUGAAAACUUUCCUGGGCAGCAAAGGGCUCAACUUUCCUGAGCUGGAACAGCCAGAGUGGCUGGAAAAGCUACACUUCAUGGUAGACAUGACAGCGCACCUGAACACGCUGAACACAGCUCUUCAACGGGGUAAGGACGUACAGCCCUGCACAUGUUGGAGGAUGUUUUGGCAUUCGAGCGCAAGUUGACGUUGCUUGCCAGAGAUUUACAGAAAGGCACAUUGUCUCACUUCUCCAAUUUGAGAGAGUUCAAACAAGGUCACGACACGAUAAAUUCGGAGUAUUUACAUUCUGCAAUCAUCGCAAUGCAAACAUCGUUUGGGAAACGCUUCUGUGAGUUCAGAGAGGAAAAAAACACAUUAUCCUUCCCGGUCACUCCCCUAAGCAUCGAUCCAUCCCUACUAAAUACGACUGCAUUGUCAGGUGUGAGUCAACCUGAACAAGUAUGAUAAAUAUUUUAAUUGCCUAUUAUUUUACGUAUAUUCAUAUGUUUUCAUUGUUCAGUGAAAUAGUCCUUUUAUUUUUCAGGUUGACAGCUGGCUGACGUUAUUUUUGGUUUGCUGCUGGCGGCAAAUUUAAGUUUGGCGUUUUUCAUAAAUACAAGAAGGACUCAAAUAGACGUUGAGUAUUUUACUUAAAAGUAACCUUCAACCCAACGUCUUUUUUUCGGAGUUCAAAAUGUUUUUGUUGCAUGCAGAAAUGUAAUUUCAUUUUCUCUGCAGGAGUUCAUCAAUUUCAUAAAUGCAACACAUUAUAGUUUGUUUAUACAUAGCAUAAAGGCAAAACAAAACGUUGUAUGCAGUGUUAUUUCAUUUUAAAUGUCAAGCGGGUUUUGCGGCUCCCAGUGUUUUCUUUUCUGUGGGAAACGGGUCCAAGUGGCUCUUUCAGUGGUAAAGGUUGCUGACCCCUGCCCUAGACAAACACACACCGAUAGCCCCAAGCGUUACAUUUGUUUAUGAGCAAUGUACUAGCUUGUACAAAGAAUGAUACAAGAAGUAUUAAUGACUUACAUACGAUAAAUGAUUGUGAACUAUAUUGUGAGUGUGAUC